AUGACCCCCACAGCACCGCACCCCCCCUCCUACACAUCGCCCUCCAUCUUCCGCGACACCGUCCUCGCAUCCACCAACGACUACCGCAGCAGCCACAACGCUUCAGCCCUCGUCUGGAACGAGACGCUCACGGAGUACGCGGCUGAUUGGGCGGGGGGUUGUAAAUGGGAGCAUUCUCACGGACCCCACGGCGAAAACCUCGCCUUCGGAUACCCCGACCCCGAAGCUGCCAUCGCAGCCUGGGCCGACGAAAGCCAUAUGUAUAACUACGAUACCCCAACCGGCUUUACGGAAGAGACGGGCCAUUUUACACAGCUUGUCUGGCGAGGGACGGAGCAGAUGGGCUGCGCGGCUAUCGAUUGUGGUUUUCGCGAUGCGGAUAGCAACAAUAACGAUAGGAAAACGCGCGCGCAAAAAGAAAGUACGCUGGGGAAGUAUGAGAUGGCGCAGGGGUGGUAUGUUGUUUGUGAGUAUUCGCCUGCGGGGAAUGUUGUGGGUAGCAGGGGUGGGAGUAGUAGUAAUACUGGUGGCGAUAGUGGUGGUGGAAGCAGUGGAGGGAGGAGUAAGAUCGCUGCUGGGGCUGCUGAUGGGUCUGAUGUUGUUGUUGCUGCUGCUGGGAGUAGUGGUGGGAGUGGAGGUGGCAGUGGGGGUGGGAACGACGAUAAGUGGUUUUUUCGCGUCAAUGUGCAGCCGUCGAGUACGUACUCUGGGCCGUGGCCUUCGAGUACUGCUGAUGAGGGUGGAGAUGGAGAUGAUGAUAGUAGAGCUGGGCGGGUGUACGGGGGGAAAAGACUUGGGUGGAAGGGUAUUUUGGCUGUUGUUGUCGUUGUGGUUCAGAUGUUAUAG